AUGUCGUACCCACGUGAAGUGGUACGGUAUGCUCCUAUAGAGGAUAAUGAAAUACACGCGCUUAUACGCGGAAAACCAUCAUUCUGCAAGGCGAAUAUUCGGGUCAGCACGAUGCAGUUUCAAGACCGUUUGGCUUAUCUCGACAAACGCUAUGACCAUUUGAGGAAGAUGACGCAUUCUCUUCGAAAGAAAGUCAAUGAGCUUGAGGAUAUUAUGCGACUUGACAAUGACGAAGAAAACAUGGAAACAAUAAAAUCAUUGUUGGCUGAGAUUAAAAAAGAAAAGCAAAUGAUGCGGGAUGAAGCUCAUAUUAUUAAAGGCGAAUUAUCGAAAACUAUGUAUAACGAGGAUUUGAGGUCAAAAAUUCUAAACUUCAUCGAUCAAUUCGAAUGCUUCUGGUACGAUGAGCCAGAAAGACGUCUCGCUGGCGAAUGGAAGCGAAUUGAUGAGGAACGGAAGACGUCAGCUGCUGGAUCCGAAGGUUCGUCGUCAGUUGUCGGAGAUGACGACACUCCGUCGUCGUCGUCUAUCGAUGGCCACACCACAAAAAUACGACCCUAUUAA